AGAGGAUGAUCUUUCCUUAGACAAGUCUGUCACUGAGGACAAUAUGGACAAUAUGGACAACGGGACUUUUAGUGAACUAAAUAGCACAGUGCUCCAUGAUCAACAAUGGCAUGGUCUAGAGUACCAAGUAGUCACCAUUUUCUUAGUCAUUUUGAUUUGUGGACUGGGCAUAAUUGGAAACAUUAUGGUGGUGCUUGUAGUUCUCAGGACCAAACACAUGAGAACUCCAACUAACUGUUACCUGGUGAGCCUUGCCAUAGCUGAUCUCAUGGUCUUGGUAGCGGCAGGUCUCCCUAACAUUACUGAAAGUGUCUAUGGCUCCUGGGUUUAUGGAUACAUUGGAUGUCUCUGUAUUACUUACCUCCAGUAUCUGGGCAUCAAUGCCUCAUCUUGUUCAAUUACUGCAUUCACGAUUGAAAGAUACCUAGCCAUUUGCCACCCCAUUAAAGCUCAGUUUCUGUGUACCAUAUCCAGAGCUAAAAAAAUAAUUGUAUUUGUUUGGGCGUUCACAUCUCUUUAUUGUAUGAUGUGGUUUUUCUUGCUUGACCUUAACACAACCAUUUACAGAGAUGCCACAGUUGUAAACUGUGGCUACAAAGUCCCCAGGAGUUACUACUCUCCAAUCUACUUAAUUGACUUUGGUGUAUUUUAUGCUGUACCUAUGACCUUAGCAACGGUCUUGUACGGUCUUAUCGCAAGAAUUCUGUUUCUAAAUCCAAUGCCAUCUGACCCUAAAGACAACUCAAAGACCUGGAGAAACGAUUCAACUCAUCAGAACAAGGCAUAUAACUCCAAAUUGUCCAGCAGAUGUUCCAACAACACCAUAUCCUCAAGGAGACAGGUGACAAAGAUGUUGGCAGUGGUGGUAAUUUUAUUUGCAUUUUUAUGGAUGCCCUACAGGACAUUGGUUGUUGUGAACUCUUUCCUGUCCAAGCCUUACCUUGAAAAUUGGUUUGUAUUAUUCUGUAGAAUUUGCAUUUAUCUAAACAGCGCGAUCAACCCCGUCAUUUACAAUCUCAUGUCUCAAAAAUUCCGAGCUGCUUUCAAAAAGCUCUGCAAGUGUAACAAGAAGAGAACGGAGAAGCCAGCUAACUACGGCGUGGCUCUUAAUUACAGCGUCAUUAAAGAGUCAUCCAAUGGAGGAAGCCCGGAUCACUUUAGCACUGAAUUAGAGGACAUUACUGUGACAGACACCUAUCUGUCCGCUACAAAAAUGUCCUUUGAUGACACGUGCUUACCUUCAGAUGUGACAUUCACCAGAAAAUAGACGUUAUACUGUAUACUGUACAGAGAGCACACAAACACAUAUGAUCAAGAUAUAAAGGGUUUUUAAGAUAAAAAAA